AUGUCAACAACCUCGUCGUCCGCCAAUAGCAAUCGACUUGUAACCAAGUGCAGAGCUAGCUACUCUUACUCCGAGUAUACGUCGGAAGUUUGGUUGGAGAUCAUCCCAUCACAAGGGUCCGAGCAUUUAACAGAAGUGUGUGGACGAGACUGCACUCUCGACCCACGCUGUGCGUCCUACAACUAUCAAGCCAGCGGAGGCGUUUGCGAGUUGAGUAACGUCUCGAGGAUAGAAAGUCCUGUUGACCUCGUUGAACUGGGAGGAAGUUUCUACUUCGAUCGCAACAAAGACACCCUCUUGUGUUCGGCACGACUUGAUGUUGACAACAGCACCUGCCAGAUGCUCUAUAGAGCCGGUCACCGAACCAACGGCGUCUACACCAUCUACCCGAGCGGACAUGAGGAGUCAGGUGGCGCGGUGGUGUACUGCGACAUGGAGACCGACGGGGGAGGCUGGAUGGUUGUUCAGAGGCGCCAAGACGGCUCAGGGGAUUUCUACCGCACCUGGGCCGAGUACGAAUCGGGUUUUGGCAACCUGACUGGCGAGUUCUGGAGUGGGAAUCGUCUACUCCAUAACCUCACCGCCUCUGGGGAAUGGCAGCUUAUUGUUAACCUGGAGGACUGGGAGGAUAACACGGCCUGGGCAGAGUACGGUGAAUUCGGCCUAUCGGGCGAGGAGUAUAGACUCCGCGCUAGCGCAUACAACCCUGCAAGUACAGCGGGAGAUUCGCUCGCUCUUCACAACGGGAAACUGUUCACGACCAAGGACCACGACAAUGAUGGCUCAAAUAUGGGGAAUUGCGCACAUGAUUAUCAGGGAGCAUGGUGGUUUGUUCUUUGUCUCGAUGCUAAUUUGAACGGCCCGUACCAUAGAAAUGGCAGCAUUGCUCAAGAAGGGCAUGGAGUGAUUUGGAGCAGAUGGAAAGGGUAUUUCACUUCGCUCAAGCGAUGCAGUAUGAAGAUACGAGAGGUCAAGUGCUACAAUCGUCUGGGUUGACUUUAAAAACGAAUACUGGGCAAAUUAUUGGGAAACUGGAAGAAGCAUUGCUUAGUAAUGGAGAUUUUUGUUUGACUUGUUGGCAGUGAUGUGGCAAAAGAAAUCACGACGGUUACUAUUAUCUGAACCUAGACAACGCUUCUCUAACUUACAUGUAUGUAUAUUUGUGUGUGUGUGUGGUUUACGGCCACUCUAUCAGUCUAUUGCUGUUAUGACACUGUUAUAUAUGUUAAAUAGAUAAUGAUCCAGGAAUACGUGGGAGCUUUUUACGCGGCGGAAAGGUCGGAGACGAUGACGGCAUUUAAACAAUACCGUAUCCAACGGGUGUGGCAAAGUCCCCGCCCCCAUCCCCGCUCUGCCCUGCCCCCACUCGGUUGCAAUUUGCUCAUGGAAAAUUGAGAGCACCAGCAUUUCAGUGAGGACACCAUGACCUUUCUUUGAAGGGGAGGGGUAGUGGCGAUUCUAAAACAAAAAAAAUUGAGUCAUUUCUAGAAAAAUGUACGAUUUUGCCCCCGCACCCAAACCUGGAUACGCCACUGGUGGGUAACUUAAUUUCGGGAUAAAUGGAAUACAGUACCAAUGUCUUUACAUUUGGCCUACUUUCAGAACGACCAAAAAGUUAUUUCAAGGAAAAGAAAAAAG